AUGAGUCUUCGAGCCCUUGCCUCUUGUAUCCUCUUCGUAGCUCUGGUUUCUUUAUUCUCUUCAAACUUUUCAAAUGCGUUCAAUAUCACCAAGAUCCUUAGCAAUACCUCUGAUUUUGGUUCCUUUAAUAAUCUUUUAACGCAAACUGGACUUGCUGAAACAAUCAACAGCCGCUCAAGCCUCACAAUUCUUGCUUUGGAUAAUGGAGCUGUGGGAUCUCUUCAAGGCAAAUCUAAAGAUGAAGUUCAAAGAAUAUUGAUGAACCAUGUCAUUCUUGAUUACAUUGACCAAAAUAAACUUAAAAAUCUACCAAACAAGACAACAACUAUGACUACAUUGUUACAGGCAUCUGGUGUAGCUCAACAGGGACAAGGGUUCUUGAAUGUUACAGUGUCAGGUAAUGAUAUUUUGUUCGGCUCAGAAGUGAAAGAUUCACCGCUUGCGGCUAGGUUUGUGAAAUCUGUAUAUGCCGAGCCAUAUAAUAUUUCUGUGUUACAAAUUAGUCAAAGUAUUGUGGCGCCUGGAAUUAGUGCCCCUGCACCGUAUACUACUCUUCCGCCUCCUCCACCUUCUAAAAAGUCACCGGCACCGUCUCCGAUGACUCGUAAGGCGCCACCUCCAGCACCCACUAAAGGUGAGGAGGAUAGUGGGAAUACAGCGGCAGCGCCAGGGCCGGCUGAUUCUGGUGCUCCAUGUGCUUUGGGUUCGGGUGCUGCUUUUGCAGUUUUGAUGGGGUUGGUUUUAAAUUUUGUUGGACUUUAA